CGCGCAGGCGCACCGCUCCUGUUUGUCGGCGCCUGGGAAGGGAAGAGGUGCGAUCGAAGUCAAGACCCAGGCCGAGCUGGAGCGGACCAGACUGGACUCGGGCCCGGAACUAAGUAGGCUCCAGGCCCGCGCGCCCCGGACCGGACCGGACCGUAGCACCGCGGAGUGGAUGGAGUGGGCCCAGCCCUGAGAUCAGCGCCAGCCCAUUCCGCCUGGCUCCAGGCCCACAGGGCGGGCGGGCGGGCAGGCGGGCCGAAGCCGCCCAGGGCCUUCCUUCGGGUCCCCCGCGAGGGGCCUAGGCGCUGGCUCCGCGACCGGGCCCGGCCCAGCCCUUUGCAACCGGAGUCGACCCGACCAGAAACCAGAAGUGGAGCUUUCACUGGGACCAUAGGCCGUAACUAGGCCGGACCCGGGCCUCCCGUCGGGGCCGAACUGGGACGAGGCCCCGGGGAGGCCCCUAGUCUACUGGACCUUCCCUCCGGCCGACGCCCACCGGGAAGAUGCAGCGCGCCCUGCCGGGCGCCCGCCAGCACUUGGGGGCCGUCCUGGCCAGCGCCAGCGUGGUGGUGAAGGCCCUGUGCGCGGCCGUACUGUUCCUCUACCUGCUGUCCUUCGCCGUGGACACAGGCUGCCUGGCGGUCACCCCGGGCUAUCUCUUUCCGCCCAACUUCUGGAUCUGGACCCUGGCCACACACGGGCUGAUGGAACAGCACGUGUGGGAUGUGGCCAUCAGCCUGGCCACCGUGGUGGUGGCUGGACGCUUGCUGGAGCCCCUCUGGGGGGCCUUGGAGCUGCUCAUCUUCUUCUCCGUGGUGAACGUGUCUGUGGGGCUGCUGGGGGCCUUCGCCUACCUCCUCACCUACAUGGCCUCCUUCAACUUGGUGUACCUUUUCACCAUCCGCAUCCACGGCGCCCUGGGCUUCCUAGGCGGUGUCCUGGUGGCGCUCAAGCAAACCAUGGGGGACUGCGUGGUCCUGCGAGUGCCCCAGGUGCGCAUCAGCGUGGUCCCCAUGCUGCUGCUGGGGCUGCUGCUGCUGCUGCGGCUGGCCACGCUGCUCCAGAGCCCCGCGCUGGCCUCCUACGGCUUCGGGCUGCUCUCCAGCUGGGUGUACCUUCGCUUCUACCAGCGCCACAGCCGAGGCCGGGGGGACAUGGCCGACCACUUCGCCUUCGCCACCUUCUUCCCGGAGAUCCUGCAGCCCGUGGUGGGGGUGCUGGCGAACUUGGUGCACGGCCUCCUGGUGAAGGUGAAGAUAUGCCAGAAGACGGUGAAGCGCUACGACGUGGGGGCCCCGUCCUCCAUCACCAUCAGCCUCCCGGGCACAGACCCUCAAGAUGCGGAGCGGAGAAGGCAACUGGCCCUGAAGGCCCUCAACGAGCGGCUGAAGAGAGUGGAGGACCAGUCCACCUGGCCAAGCAUGGAUGACGAUGAGGAGGCUGGGGCCAGGGUGGACAGCCCCCCGCCCUCAGACAAGGCCCCUGCACUCUCCUCAGGGCAGGGGGCCACCCCGGAGUCCAGCCUGAUCACCUUCGAGGCAGCCUCCCCGAAGCUGUGACGGCAGACCACCUUGAGUGCCCCCCGACACCCUCUUAGCCCCCCGAGGGGAGGGAAGACGGUCUGCUGGGGGCGUCCACGGCCUUCUGCCCUUUCUUGCCAACACUACCCGGGACUGGUUCCCACACCAGACACCCAUUACGUCGGGCAGGGGCCUCUGAAGCAUCGGCCACGGGAGGUGAGACUGGACCCCGGCGGGCAGCCCCAAGCACGUGGCUGCAGGACGCCGGUGCCACGGCUCCUGGGCCAACCCUCACACCUGACGCUGCUUGCCGAGAGCCCCGAGCCAAGGCAAGGGUCUGCCAAAACCCUUCUGGGGAGUCCGCUGGCGUGGGGCCGCGCGCCCCUGCCCUCCCCCAGGAAGACCGAGUUCACGCUGAGAUGUCGGUUCCCUCUGCUGCGGCCACGACUGUGUGCAGGCCGGGCCGGCCGUGGCCCCCAGGGGUUUCUACAGGACCACGCGGCAGGCAGCCGGGCCCAGCCGCGCAGUAUCAAUAAAGCAGUUCUUGGA